UUGCUUUUUAAAAAUUUUUUAGUAACCAUGACAAGUUCACAUGCUUUUUACUCAUUCUUUUUUCUUUGGUUAUAACUUUGAAGAGAGUGCAGAUUCUAUUUGCAUGAGGGGAGAAAGCAGAGACCGGAGAAAGGAGCAUUGGGGUUCUACUGCAAUAGCUUUCUAUUUUAUUUAAGUACUGUUCAUCUUCACCCAAGAAUAUUUAUCCAUUGCUUUUUGUUGUUUUUUUUUUUUUAGAAAGAGUGGAAGGGAGAGAGAGAGACAUGGAUGUGAGAGAGACACAUAUCAAUUGUGUUUGCGGGGCUCUAGCCUGCAACCAAAGUCAGCGGGCCCUUGACCGGAAUCCAACCUGGGACCCUCCAGGCUGCUGGCCGAAGCUGUGACUACUGAGCCAAAGCGGCUGGGGCCGCAAGAGCUUUUUAAAUCGCCUACCCACUGCUACCCUUGACCGCCUCCAAACAGCAACCAGAGAAGUCAUUUAAAACGUCCAAAUCCUGUCCCUCUCCUGCUUAAAACCAUCCGGUGGCUUCCCGUUGCUUUUCAAAUAAAAUUCAGCUGUGCCAUGGUGGGCCCAGUUGAGCUGUGCAAUCUUGCUGACUGCACCGCAGCCACGCCGACCUCUGUUCCUCAAACGCCCCACUUGCUUGCACACCCGUCCGUCCUGGCCUGGGACAGCCUUUCGCUCACGCAGGCACUUGGCUCCUUCUCCGUGGCUUUUCGCUCAGACAGCACCUCCUCCGACAGGCCUUCCACGCCUCCCCCGUCACAUGCAUCGUGUUCGCUUCUUGCAGCACCUCUCACAGCCUGAAAUUAUCCUCCGUUGGUUGGUUCGCUGGUUCUCUUUCGCUCUCCCAACCACCAAGUCAGGCAGGAGGCAGGCAGCCCAAGCCUCUCGACACAGUGUCAGAACAUAUGAUAUCUGUGAAGUGUGCCCUGGACCCCACUUGAAUAUGAUUAUUGGAGCUAAUGGAACGGGGAAGUCCAGCAUUGUGUGUGCCAUUUGCCUUGGAUUAGCAGGCAAACCUGCUUUCAUGGGACGGGCAGAUAAGGUUGGCUUUUUUGUGAAGAGAGGAUGUUCGAAAGGCAUGGUUGAAAUUGAAUUAUUCAGGAGUUCUGGAAAUCUUGUGAUUACUCGUGAGAUUGAUGUGGCAAAAAAUCAGUCCUUUUGGUUCAUCAACAAAAAAUCGACAACCCAGAAAGUAGUAGAAGAGCAAGUUGCAGCCUUAAAUAUUCAAGUGGGCAAUCUUUGCCAGUUUCUACCUCAGGAUAAAGUUGGAGAAUUUGCAAAACUCAGUAAAAUUGAACUACUUGAAGCUACUGAGAAGUCAAUUGGUCCUCCAGAAAUGCAUAGAUAUCACUGUGAACUCAAAAACUUCAGGGAGAAAGAAAAACAACUAGAGACCUCAUGUAAAGAGAAAACGGAAUAUCUAGAGAAAAUGGUUCAGAGGAAUGAAAGAUAUAAACAAGAUGUGGAGAGGUUCUAUGAACGUAAACGACAUUUAGAUUUGAUUGAGAUGCUUGAAGCUAAAAGGCCAUGGGUGGAAUAUGAAAAUGUUCGUCAGGAAUAUGAAGAAGUAAAACUAGCUCGUGACCGAGUAAAGGACGAAGUAAGAAAACUUAAAGAUGGGCAGAUUCCUAUAACACGUCGAAUUGAAGAAAUAGAAAUGCAGCGUCACAAUUUGGAGGCUCAAAUCAAAGCGAAGGCAACAGAUAUUAAGGAGACAUCUCAAAAAUGCAAACAAAAGCAAGAUGUUAUAGAAAGGAAAGAUAAACAUAUUGAGGAACUUCAGCAGGCUUUAACAGUAAAACAAAAUGCAGAGCUUGACCGACAGAGGAGAAUAAGUAAUACCCGAAAAAUGAUAGAAGAUUUGCAAAAUGAACUGAGGACCACAGAAAACUGUGUGAAUCUUCAACCCCAGAUCGAUGACAUUACAAAUGAUCUGAGACGAGUUCAAGAUGAAAAGGAAUCAUGUGAAAGCGAGAUAAUUGAUAAGCUUAAAGAGAGGGAAACUCUAGAGAAGGAGAAAAAGAGUGUGAAUGAUCAAAUUGUACAAUUUGACAAUCUUAUGAAUCAAAAGGAAGAUAAGCUGAGACAGCGAUAUCGUGAUACAUACGAUGCUGUUUUAUGGCUGAGAAAUAACAAAGACAAAUUUAAGCAAAGAGUCUAUGAGCCCAUAAUGCUCAUGAUCAAUAUGAAAGAUAAUAAAAAUGCCAAAUAUGUUGAAAAUCAUAUUCCACCAAAUGACUUGAGAGCCUUUGUAUUUGAGAGUCAAGAAGAUAUGGAGGUUUUCCUCAAAGAGGUUCGUGACAAUAAGAAAUUAAGAGUGAAUGCUGUUAUUGCUCCCAGGAGUUCAUAUGCCGACAGAGCACCUUCAAGAUCUCUAAAUGAACUAAAACAAUAUGGAUUUUUCUCUUACUUGCGAGAAUUAUUUGAUGCACCUGCUCCUGUCAUGAGCUACCUUUGCAGCCAGUAUCAUAUUCAUGAAGUUCCUGUAGGAACUGAAAGGACCAGAGAAAGAAUUGAACGGGUAAUACAAGAAACCAGAUUAAAACAAAUGUAUACAGCAGAAGAAAAGUAUGUGGUGAAAACUUCUUUUUAUUCAAAUAAAGUUAUUUCUAGUAACACAUCCCUAAAAGUAGCCCAGUUUCUCACAGUCACUGUGGAUCUAGAGCAAAGAAGACACCUAGAAGAACAUCUAAAGGAAAUUAAUAGAAAAUUGCAAGCAGUGGAAUCAGGGUUGAUUGCUUUGCGUGAGAAGAACAAACAUCUAGAACACAAAGAUAAUGAACUCAGACAACGAAAGAAGGAGCUUCUUGAAAGAAAAAACAAGAAAAGACAACUGGAACAAAAAAUUAGUUCCAAACUAGGAAGUUUAAAGGUGAUGGAACAGGAUACUUGCAAUCUUGAAGAGGAAGAGCGAAAAGCAAAUACUAAAAUCAAAGAAAUAAAUGUUCAGAAAGCAAAACUUGUUACUGAAUUAACAAAUCUAAUCAAGAUUUGCACUUCUUUACAUAUACAAAAAGUAGAUUUAAUUCUUCAAAAUACUACAGUGACCUCAGAGAAGAAUAAAUUAGAAUCAGAUUAUAUGGCUGCAUCAUCACAACUACGUGUCAAAGAGCAACAUUUCAUUGAGUUGGAUGAAAAUAGACAGCGAUUAUUGCAGAAAUGCAAGGAGCUUAUGAGGAGAGCUAGGCAAGUAUGUAACCUGGGUGCAGAGCAGACCGUUCCUCAAGAAUAUCAAACACAAGUACCCAACAUUCCAAAUGGACACAACUCCUCACCCCCCAUGGCUUUCCAGGACCUUCCAAACACACUGGAUGAAAUUGAUGCUUUAUUAACCGAAGAAAGAUCAAGAGCUUCUUGCUUCACAGGACUGAAUCCUACAGUUGUUGAGGAAUACACAAAAAGAGAAGAAGAAAUUGAGCAAUUAACUGAGGAACUAAAGAUAAAGAAAGUUGAACUGGAUAAAUAUAGGGAAAGCAUUUCACAGGUAAAAGAAAGGUGGCUUAAUCCUUUAAAAGAGCUAGUAGAAAAAAUUAAUGAAAAAUUCAGCAAUUUUUUUAGUUCCAUGCAGUGUGCUGGUGAAGUUGAUCUCCAUAUAGAAAAUGAGGAAGACUAUGAUAAAUAUGGAAUUCGAAUUAGAGUCAAAUUUCGAAGUAGUACUCAACUGCAUGAAUUAACUCCUCAUCAUCAAAGCGGAGGUGAAAGAAGUGUUUCUACCAUGUUAUACUUGAUGGCACUUCAGGAGCUUAAUAGGUGUCCAUUCCGAGUAGUUGAUGAAAUCAAUCAGGGAAUGGACCCAAUCAAUGAACGCAGAGUGUUUGAAAUGGUUGUAAAUACUGCUUGUAAAGAAAACACUUCUCAGUACUUCUUUAUUACGCCAAAGCUCCUACAGAAUCUCCCUUAUUCUGAAAAGAUGACAGUAUUGUUUGUCUACAAUGGUCCUCAUAUGCUGGAACCAAACAGAUGGAAUUUAAAGGCUUUCCAAAGACGGAGGCGCCGUAUAACAUUCACUCAACCUUCUCAAUAAAGUAAAAGAAGAGACCUUUGGGAUUUUUGUUAAAUUCUAUUUAUAAGUAUGGCUCAACUGAAUAAAGGGAGAUUCAUUAAGACUAAAAGAUCAGUUUUUUUGGAAACCUGCUGUUAAAUACAAAUGGGUUGAUGAACAGAGACCAUAAUAACUUCUUUCUGUGGAAUAGCAUCUUCCAAUAGUAAAAAUUAAGUCUUUUUUCAGUCUUUGUUGACUUGAGUCCUUACCACUCUAACCACAAGUCAUUGGGUUCCCAUGUUAAAAGUAUUUACUAUUUCAAAUCAAAGGUGCAGUGGAAGGGGUUAUCAGUCACAAGAAGUUUAGUUGACAUGGUAACCCUGAGCUUUAAUUGCAGAGUAACUUUAAUUACUUUAGUCUAAAGAUGACUAUAGAGCUUAAGUCAUAUUUUCUCCCAGUAUUAUAUUUAAUUUUUAAAAAUUGAUAUGGAAAUGUCGUCUUAUGUACAGUAAUAAUUUAUGACAAAUCUAUUCAUUUAUUACUAUUAAAAAUUACCUUAUCACCAAUAGGAAAUGGAAUUUUAUGGGCCUUUAAAAAAGUUUUAUGAAAUUUGUUAUUAUAAUUGUAUUGGUAUCUCAAAGGGGAAAAGUACUGGUUAAAAAUGGUAGUGGGACUUUUUUGAAAUGCCACAAGGUGGCCACUAGAUGAUGCAAAAUUCAACCAAAAGACUGACAGAAUAUAAAAUCAAGUGACAAGGGUUUUUAAGGAAUAACUGUAAAGUGUAUGGGAUUUUUUUUUUAAUUUAAAGUCAAUUGUAUUUUACAUCUUAAAUUUCUAAGAGCAUUUUUAUAAUUAUUUUUAGUAAGAUUUUUCUUAAGAUUUCAUAUACUGGUUUCUACAGUUUAUAUUUGAAAUUUUUAAGUGUUAUGUAAAGAGUGAAGGAAAAUGUUGACUUGUUUAAAACCAUAAUUUUUCUAGAACUUAACCUUAUAAGUCCUUCCUUACAGUGCUAUACUACCCCAUUAUCUUAGAAAAUCUAGUCUUAACUGUUUCUUUCAGUAUGAAAGGAUAGAGGAGAAAAUCGUUUGUUUAUCUCUGAGUUGUGCCAAUUAACAGUGCCAAACAAAUUCUAUUCUUUUAAAAAAUAAAACUUGUAAGAUAAUGGACUAAUCCAAGGGUUAGUGCCAGUAAUGACAAAAUUAAUUUUUUUUGACUUGGUAGGUUGAAUAAAUUGAAAAAUCGCAUUCAGUUUUGGUUUUGUAUAUUCUUAAAUAGCCAUUGAAAUUUAUUUUCUUAUUAUGUCAAAAAGUAAUGAACCAUAGAUUAUGUCCUUUCACUUAGACAUUUUCACUUUAAAAUGUUUUCUUUAUAAAAAUUUUAAAAGGGCCUUCUCCUCUUAAACUAAGUCUAAUGCAUGUACUAUGAAAAAUAUUUUUAAGUAGCAUUUUUCCUAGUAUGAACAAUAUAUAUAAACACUGAAAAACUUGCUAAAGUGAUAUUGUUACCAAAAAUGUUUGUUGUUUAAUACUUUGUUUUCCAACAAAAUAUCUUCACUAAUAUGUGCUUGGUGUCGUUUGUUUAUUGUCUAAGUUAGUGCCAGUCAUCUGAUUUCUGCAAAAUGAGUAUCAGUGUGACAGAGAAGCUUGAAUUUUAUGUGCAUUUGAAAAUAAAAUAUAAUGGUCAAUUUUAUUUCACUUAGCAUAUCUUAACAAUUAUUCCAUAACUUAUUUGUUAGCAUUUACAUUUUUUUACUAGACGAGGUUACUAUUUGUUUUUGCAUUGAAUUUUGAGCUGUGAAGGAUAAAUUAUAUAUCAUUUUAACAUAUUAAUAGAAGAAUAAUGUCUAGCACAUUAGAGUAUCAGCCACUUAAAAUUUCAUAUAUUUUCUGCAAAAUCUUAUUUUUUGUUUCAUUCAAAUUGCGAAAACCUUAAGGUGACAAGCAAGUACUUUUAAUGACAAAAUCUUCAUUGAUCUGCCUGAGGAAAGAGUCCAUUGAAAAGAUUUUAGUAUUCAAAGUAAGGAAAGAUCUGCUGCUGCUUUCUACUUGUCUUUAACAUGUGCUUAUUUUCUUUGGAGUAUGAAUCUUUAGUAGGUAGAAAAUAUAAUUUUGUCCUGUUGUGUGUGUGUAAUUAAAAAACCUCUUUGUGGGAAAUACUACUUUGUUGGUAAUAAAUGCAUAUUUUCAUAUUC